AUGGAUCGCCUACAGGUGGAUAGAGCUCGAAGACUGCGAGUUCACUGUCUACAAGCGUUGAAGUGCAUUUCCAUUUCCAAACUCGACUCGACGUGUAUUCGCGUACUUUCUUUGCAGAAAGAUCGUGGCAUUGCUCAACGCCGGCUGCCUGGCAGAUUGACAUUUAUUGCGUGUCCUCAGAACAGCGCAGAAAAGAGCACACUUCUUUUUAGUGAAGCAGACGACAAUGGGCUCGAGACGAGCAUGGCGCUAGCUGCAGUUGAUCGGGCAGUCGGAGCAUUGUUGUCCAGACACGCGGGACCAUGCAAACGCUGGAACGUCUGGAUGGAUUGCCCAGAUUUGAGACUCCCAUAA